AGUCACUGUCUUUAGUCACUUGCAGACAGCUUGCUUUCUUCACAGCCUUGGGCACUGGCCAAGUCACACCUCCCGGGCACCAGGCUGCGGACAUGGGGGCCCUUCCGUGGCUGCUCCUGCUCUCACUGCUCCAGGAAGCCAAAGGAGAUUCUGGAGACGGCGUGGGUCCCGAGGAAGUGGUCGCAGUCCUGCAGGAGUCCAUCAGUCUCCCCCUGGAAAUACCAUCUGAUGAAGAGGUUGAGAACAUCAUCUGGUCCUCCCACAUAACGCUGGCUAUUGUGGUGCCAACGAAAGAGGGACAUUUAGCUAACGUCACGGUGACCGACCCUCGCUACCAGGGCCGAGUGAGCUUCCCGAGUCCCAGCUACUCUCUGCACAUCAGCAAUCUGAGCUGGGAGGACUCGGGGCCUUACCAAGCUCAAGUCAACCUGAGGACGUCCCAGAUCUCCAGCCUGCAGCAGUACAACCUACGCAUCUACCGACGGCUGUCGGAGCCUUCCAUCACUGUGAACUUUGAGAUCUCUGGGGAUGGUCUCUGUAAUAUGUCCCUGACAUGCUCUGUAGAGCAGGCCGGCCUGGACGUGACCUACAGCUGGAUAUCCCGGGAGGAUGGUGUCGACACAGCACGUGAAGGCUCUGUCCUCAGCACAUCCUGGAGGCCCGGGGACCAUGCCCUCUCCUACACCUGCAGGGCUAGCAACCCCGUCAGCAACAUGAGUUCCUAUCUCAUCCCUGCUGGGCCCUUCUGUGCAGAUCUUAGGUACCCUUCAGAGAAGGCCUCCGCUUCCUUCUGCCUCCUGGUCAAGGCACUGCUCCUCCUCCUGCUCUUGGUAACUCUGGCCACGGGGCUGUGGCUCGCUCAAGGCCAGAAAGGAUGUAAGAUACCAAGGAUGAAAAAAAUCAGGAGAAACAGAUUGAGACUGAGAAAAACAGACAAGCCUGGCUCAUUGGCAUUUCGAUCUGGCCGUGCUCCAGAGAACAGCUUCUUCAGGUGUUUGGCGAGCCACGUCCUCACUGUCCAGCAGAGUGGGAGCCGAAGCCUGUUACCUGAUCAGAAGGAUUGA